AUGUAUAUGCUAUCCGAUUGCUCGGUUGUGCAGACAGAAUUUAAAUUCACACGCAUUGUGGACGCCCUUGAAAGCGACGGCGAGGACAGAAGUACCGACGAAAUGGUGGACAGCCCGUUUAGCCUCUUCUCCCUCGUACGCAAUCUUGAGUUCUGCCCCCAUGGCUUUGAGAUAGAAUGGGUGAAGGCCAUCAAUGGAUCAAGAGAUUCGCGAGCACGAGAAAGUGUGGAGUUGCACUACGCGAAGAACGACAGCUGCGUCAACCACCAAAGGACAUAUGAGACUAUAAAGCCAGCACGCGAGAUUCCAGUGGCACCUCCUUCUUCAAUCAAUAGCUCGACUCACGUUGUGUGUGCUAAAGACUCGACUCAGGACUCUUUUGAAGUCUUUCUAUAA